AUGUCUGCGCCUGUGUCUACGCCAUGCCAUUGCUUGCUCCAUGAAGCUAUCUUAGCCAUGUCACAGCUUAGGCCACGCCAAUGCCUAUGUUGCGACUCCGCCUCGAUCAUGUCUGCGUCCAAGUCUGCUUCCAUGCCUAUGCCAUGCCAUCACCUGCGCCUCGCCAGUGUCUAUGUCAUGCCAGUGCCAUGCCAUAUUACUGCUGCGCGCAUGCCCUCGCAGGACAUUAUGAUCGGUGGGACUGACACUACAAUCACAACGGUCGAGUGGGUAAUGGUGGAGCUUCUGAAUACUCCGCAGAUAAUGGCAAAGGUGCAGCAGGAAUUGAAAGAUGUUGUAGGGGUGAAUAACAUUGUUGAAGAAUCACAUUUACCAAAUCUGCACUAUCUCGAUGCAGUUUUAAAGGAGACGUUACGUUUACACCCUGCAUUGCCACUGCUCCUCCCAAAGCGCCCGAGCCAAUCUGCAAUAGUAGGUGGAUACACAAUACCUGAGGGAACUAAAGUAUUUUUGAAUGCUUAUGCAAUUCAGAGGGAUCCUCAGGUGUGGGAGAGUCCGUUGGAAUUUCAGCCGGAAAGAUUUUUGAACUCUACGAAUUUAGAAUAUGCUGGAAACAAUAUGAAUUACCUUCCAUUUGGAUCAGGGAGGAGAAUUUGUGCUGGACUUCCUUUAGCAGAGAAAAUGCUCAUGUUUGUAUUGGCUUCAUUGCUGCAUUCCUUUGAUUGGAAACUCCCUGAGGGCGAAAACGUUGAUCUUUCAGAGGGAUUUGGAUUCGUCAUCAAAAAAAACGAGAGGCUAUUCGCUAUCCCUGCUCGCAGGUUAUCAAAUUUCGAGUUAUAUCAGUAA